UGUCGAUUCAAGAAAUAUCUCGGAUGUACACUUGUUAUGGAGUCCAAAUCUUGCCUCAAUAUCUUGGCAAGAUUUGGAAUGAAACCAAAGAGCCCCCUUUUGCCCUAAUAUUUCGCCAAGAUUUGGGCGCUGGAAGCCUUGUCAAAAUCUUGCCGAGGGGGGGGGGUCAAUAGCGCCGCACCGUCGUCCCAGACCGUCCACAUAAUCAGCGAGUGAGUGCGACCUGAAUUCUUGACGUAUCGCUCUCAUCAAG